UCUCUGUGAAGUCACAAAGGCCGUGCUAUGCUUCUGGCCUUGGCUCUUCUGCUGCUCUUGGACCUGAGCGCCCGCCGAGGCUGGGGCUGCCUGCAGUGUGACCACUCGGUGCGGGAGGCCCUGAGCCAGCUGCGCGUCGCCCUCAUCCCCGACCGCUUCCAUCAGGAGCAGCUGCAGGCCCGCGCUCAGGCCCUGCUGCUGGGCAUGGAGGGGCCUUUCUUCCGGGACUACGCGCUGAACGCCUUUGUGGGGAGAGUGGGGAUAGAGCACCUGGACCUUGUGGCAUCCUUUAUCAAGAAUCAAACAAACAACUUAAUGGUUAAUUCUCUUAGAGAUGGGCCUCUGCUGGAUGAACUGGUGACUCUUAGGGAGAGGGUGAUCAAGGAACUCAAGAAAGUUUUAAGAUCAUAUGAAUUAAAAGCCUGCGAUCCCAAAAUUUGCCGCUUGCUAAAAGAAGAAGUCUUGGAUUGUUUACAUUGCCAGAGGAUCAGUCCCAAAUGCAUCAAAGAAAAGUACUGUUUUGGGGCAGGGCUUCCUGAGUCCAAACCCGACGUGAUCACCCGUCUGGAGCGGGGGGAAGAGCCCAGGAUGGAGAGGAGAGAAGCCCGGCGAGUUACCUGUUCAGACUUGGAGACAAGCUCUGAAACUACUCAGGAGACACUUCCAAAAAAGAGUAUUUCCGAAGAGGUGGCUUCCCCAAUGGGAAAGAUGGAGGGCAUUUUAAGGGCAGUGCUUGGAGACACCAAGCUGGGGGACUCCUGGACAUGCGGCCGUCAACUGGAAGACCAGGGAAAGCAGGAGAGGCGUUUGAGGUGGUUGUUUGCUACUCCCGAGGAAAACACCCAUGGCGAGCUGAGACACUUCAGGCGGACCUCAGCUUUCGUUGGGAAGCAAAGAGUGCCUGGGGGAGAGGAUCCUCAGAAGUGGACCAGGUCAAGAAAGAGCCUGAAACACCAAAGGAAACCAUUUAACUGCACGGAAUGUGGGAAAGCCUUCAUCUACCAUUCGGACUAUGUCCUACACCAGAGAAUUCACACUGGAGAGAAGCCCUACAAGUGUAACGAGUGCGGGAAAGCAUUCAGCAACAGUUCAUAUUUCAUCCAGCACUACAUCAUCCACACAGGAGAGAAGCCCUAUGCCUGCAACGAAUGCGGCAAGACCUUUACCCAGAGCUCAUCGCUCACCGAGCAUCAGAGGAUCCACACUGGAGAGAAACCCUACAAAUGCAAGGAAUGUGGGAAAGCCUUCACCCAGAGCUCCUCCCUCAUCAAACACCAGCGAUGCCAUACCGGGGAGAAACCCUAUAAAUGCAACCAGUGUGGGAAGUUCUACUCCCAGGUGUCCCACCUCACCCGCCACCAGAAAAUCCACACAGGGGAGAAGCCCUACAAAUGCAGUGAGUGUGGCAAGGCUUUCUGUCACACCUCCUCCCUGACUCAGCACCAGACAAUCCACACUGGUGAGAAACCCUACAAGUGUAACGAGUGUGGGAAAACCUUCAGCCACAGCUCGUCACUGACCCAGCACCAGCGAGUCCACACUGGAGAGAAACCUUACGAGUGCCCCGAGUGUGGCAAAGCCUUUAGCCACAGUUCGUCCCUGACUCAGCAUCAGAGAAUUCAUACUGGUGAGAAGCCCUAUGAGUGUCAUGAGUGCGGGAAGGCUUACACGCAGAUCUCCCACCUCAUGAGGCACCAGAGCGUUCACGUGGGGGAGAAACCCUAUAUAUGUAAUGAGUGUGGAAAGGCUUUCAGUCACACCUCCUCCUUUACUCAACACCAGACAAUCCACACCGGUGAGAAACCCUACAAGUGUAACGAAUGCGGGAAAACCUUUAGCCAGAACUCCUCGCUUAUGCGCCACCAGAGAAUUCACACCGGGGAGAAGCCCUAUGAGUGUACAGUUUGCAGGAGAGCCUACACCCAGAUUUCCCACCUCAUCCAACACCAGAGGACUCACACUGGAGAGAAACCUUAUGAGUGCGGUGAGUGUGGGAAAGCCUUCAGCCGGAGCGCCCAUCUCAUUGAGCAUCAGAAGAUCCACACGGGUGAGAAACCCUAUAAGUGUAAGGAGUGUGGGAAAACAUUCAGUCACAACUCAUCCCUAACUCAACAUCAGAGGAUUCACACCGGCGAGAAACCCUACACCUGUAAGGAAUGUGGAAAAGCCUUCAAUCAAAGUAUCCACCUUAUUCAGCAUCAGAGGAUUCAUACCGGGGAGAGGCCCUACAAAUGUAAGAACUGUGGGAAAAUCUAUGCCCAGAUUUCACACCUCAUUCAACACCAGAAAGUUCAUAUGGGUGGCAAGGGCUAUGCGUGUAAAGAAUGCGGAGAGGAUUUCAGCUGGGGUUCACACCUGGCGGAACAUCAGAGACUUCACACUGUGCACGACGGCUACAUCCGCAGUAAUUUUGAGAAAGGCUUUGCUUGGAACAUGCAGCUUAGUGAUCAUCAGAGAACUCAUGCUGACUAGAGAGCCUGAGAAUGAAACAAACUGGUGAUUCUGCUGCUGGGUUCCGUUCAGCCUUCAUCAACAGUAGAAGCUUCUUCCCGGAGAGGAGCCGUAACACUGUAUAUUGAGAGAGUUGGUUCCUUUUUUGCCUCCUAGAAGGAAGAUGGCACUGUUUAUCACCAGCGGAGACAGCUUCUGAUCAUUUAAAGGGCUCCCCCCUAAAAUCUAAGCUUCCCCCCCAUCUCUCAACCCUACAAUGUCCCUGGAUGGUGGUAGGUAUGGGGUGGUCUACAUAGGAUGCAACUUCAUCUGGAAUCUUUAAUAAGGUCUCUCUGAGCUUUUUAAAUUUAUUCAUUAUGUGUUAAAUUGGAGCCUGGAAAUUCAAGAAAAAACAAACACAGCUGGAAAGAUUCAUCUGUUAGAGUAAAAGUCACAAAUAUAUGUAACUAAAGAUAAAUGCCAGGCGAUUUUAGUUUCCUUUAAAACUUUAAGCUACAAAUUUCACUGAAAAAUCUGCAGUUGGCUUAAACAUGGAAUAUGUUUCACAUAUUUCCAGCCAUUUUUUAUGCCCUAUUGUUUCUGUUUUUUCCACUUCCAGGGAUUCUGCUUUACAAAGUAAUUGCCCUGUUAGACAUCAUUUUCUGAUUUUAUUCAUGCCCAAAAGGAGGUUUUUAUUUCCUCAUAUUUUUGAAACAGUAUUUUCUAUUAGAAAAAUAAUACAUACACUUUUAUAACAGGAAAAUUUUUUAAGUAGAAUAAGAUAAGCUUAUUGUAAAGGAUAAUUUGAAAAGUGUAGAGAAGUAUGAACUAAAAUACCAGUUCCCCAUAAUCCCACAGCCCAGAGAGACCCACUAGUCAUUUUUGGGUGUAUGUCUUUCUGGUUUCGUUUCACUCUGUAUUCCAUAUCCAUAUAUUUUAAUGUUGAAAAUUUUGGAUCAUAAAACAAAAAGCUAUAUACUCACCUACAACUUGGCCACCCUCAGAAGUCAGGUUGUUUUGAUUUUUUUCAUCUUUCCUUCUGAAUAUCAUUUUAAAAUAAGUGUUACUUUAUUUAAUUGUAAUCAGAAACAAUUUUGGCUUCUCUGUUUUGCCCUCAUUAUACCAUGACAUUGUCCUUUGUCACCACGUAAACUCCAUCCUUAUCAUUAUUAGGGCUAAUGAUGUUUCACUGGUGGGCAUAGAAUAAUCUACAAAUCCAUGCCCCCAUUUAGCCUUUGCUCUAAGCCCCCGAUUGACACAGGUUAUUCACCAAUUUUCCCAAUUAUGAAUCAUGUAAUAAUGAGCAUUUCCAUGCUAACUUCCUCUCUCCUUUUGGGGGGAUUAUUUCUCUAAGUCAAAUUCCCAGGAUGGGAAUAACAGAAUCAAGACUCUAACCAUUUUCUUGGUUCCUGGAACAUAUUGUUAAAUUGCUUUCUAAAGGGGCUGGACCUAAUCUACCUGGAACAAGCUGGGAAGUGAGGACUACAGUUCUGUUACAUUAUAACCAGCACUGAACAUCAAUCAUAUAAUGUUUUCCCAUGUCAAACAUAUAAAAUGGCUAGUGAUUUCAGUAACUUACUGUGUGCCAAUUUUGUGCUAAGUCCUUGGUACGUGUGAACUCCUUUCAUUCUUCAAACAGCCACAUAUGUUCAGGGCUAUAUUAUCCCAUUUCACAGAUGAGGACACCGAGGCGUGCUGAGGAUGUAGACAAAGCCCCACAGCUAUGAGGUCAUGGAGCCUGAACUCAAGUUCAAGUAGUCAAGCUCCAGGAGCUAUGCACUGAACUUCUAUUGGGAUUGAACACAUUCCACAUAUAACAUUUCCUUCUUAAAAUAAUGUUUAUUAUCUUAUUAUAAAAACCAAUACAUGCUUUUUAUAAAAAAUUUAAAAGAUCCAAGAAAUCCAGAAGAUUUUACACAAAGUCCAGUGCUACCCAGAGAUAACAUUUUGGUAUACUUCUGCUAUUUUUAAAACUUAAUCACAGUAUUAUAACGCUUUAAUAAAUCUGGGACAUAGUUAAUAUACAGUUUAGCAUACUUCUAUGUUUACUUAACUUUAUAUCACAGGCCCCUAUCAUUAAAUAUGAUUUACUGAUAUCAUUAAAUACCCACGUCAUUAAAUAAUCUUUAACAACCUGAUGUUUGGGGGCUUUGCAUAGUUUGUGUUUAGUAGUAGCCCUUCCCCUCUUGGAUAUUUUGGUUGCUUCCAGUUUUUGACUUUUAUAAACAUCCCUUCUGCUGAAGUCUUAGGCUGAGCACCCCACCAGUUCCCAAGUAAAAUCCUGGCAGGGAGUCUGUGGGGUCAAAGAGAGAACAUUUUAAUGACCCCGUGCACGUAGCUAAUGGCUUCCUGAAAUUUCUGCAUCUGAUUGGCAGUGGAUGGGACUGCAUCUCACCAACAUCAUCACUGGUAGUUACCAUGUUUAAAAGUCUUUGCUCAGGUAUUUCUUCUUAUCUCCUGUGACUUCCUUCAUGGUUGACGAAAUACUCGUUUAUUGUGAAUAAUUCAAACAACACAAAAAUGAAGAACACUAUGGCUCUCUAUAAAUCUUCAUUCCAAAGAUUCUAGACUCUUUUCAAAGAUUCUAGACUGCUUUCUGUUGUUUCUCCCUUUCUGUUGGUAUGAAAUAUAUAUGUACAUAAAAUAUUAUUUAUAUG